GGUAUUUGUUUGGUCUUAUGGUGAUUGGUCGAUGCAAGUAUGGCAGACUUUGAUUUAGAGGCGUUCAUUAAUGUACCUACUUUGGAGCAGCUCGAUAAAUGUCGAAAAGAUGAUUUAAUUAGUAUUGCGGCUCAUUAUCGAAUUUCCGUUUCGAGGCAGCAGCUCAAGAGAGAGAUUAAGAGCAUUGUGUUGAAGAAACUGGUGGAGCUGGGUGUUCUGGUUUUGCCUGAAGCGAGUGAGGAUGGUUCUCUUGCCUCUCACGCCUGCCCUGAGUUUGAGGAGGAGGAGCAGAGCGGAACUGCCGAGGUGGAGGGUUCUGAAGCCAAGGCUGUUCUGCCGCCCUUUGAACCUUUUUCUCCGGCCUCGGCUGGGUCUGGAGGUGAUGCGCGACUGAAGGUCCGCUUGGCGCGAAUGCAAAUGGACGCGCGGGAGAGGGCAGAGGAACGUCAGGCAGAGAGAUUAUUGCAUCUAAAAAUUCGCAGAUGGGAGAUUGAGGCAGAGACGCAGAUAAAGAUGCGGGAAUUGGAGUUAAAUGCGGCCAGAAGUGCACCUGCUCCAGUUUUCCCGCCCCAGUCGACUGCUGUUGCUCUGUCAGAGGGCGCGGCGCUGGGUGCCAACUUUGAUGUGGGUAAACAUGUCUCUCUUGUGCCGCAGUUCCGAGAAGCGGAAGUUAAUUCAUAUUUCGGUGUGUUUGAGCGUAUCGCUUCUGCUCUAAAGUGGUCACGUGAAGUUUGGCCUCUGUUGUUACAGCGUAAGCUGACUGGUAAAGCUCAGGAGGUCUGCGCAACACUAUCCUUAGAGGAUAGUUUAAAGUACGACGUUGUUAAAGCUGCGAUCUUGCGUGCAUAUGAGUUAGUGCCAAAAGCUUACAGGCAGCGGUUUAGGACUCACAAAAAGAGUUCUAGCCAAACGUUUGUCGAAUUUGCAAGAGAGAAGGGGGUCUUAUUUGACAAAUGGUGCGCGUCGAGUAAGGUAACUGAUUUUAAGACACUGCGGGAAUUAAUCCUUUUUAGAAGAGUUUAAGAACUGUAUACCAGAGCGCGUUGUCGUGUAAUUAAUUAAAUGAACAGAAAGUGACAUCCUUGUCUCCAGC